AUGGCGAAAGUGGUAGCUGUGAAAAAGAUGAAAAAGUCCCUGGAGUUGAUCAACUCUAGGUUCCAACUUGUUAUGAAAAGUGGGAAAUACCUGCUGAGUGACAAGCUGACUCUGAAAAUGAUCAGGCAAGGAAAAGCCAAGUUGGUCAUCCUCGCCAACAACUGCCCAACCUUGAAGAAAUCUGAAAUUGAGUACUAUGCCGUGUUGGCCAAAAGUGGUGUCUGUCGCUACAGUGGCAAUGAUGUUGAACUGGGCACAGCAUGCGGAAAAUACUACAGAGUGUGCACAUUGGCUAUCAUUGAUCCAAGUGAUUCUGAUAUCAUUAGAAGCGUGCCAGAACAGACUGGAGAAAAAGAAAUCACAACCCCGCGGCGGGCGCCGGGGCUCCCAGCCCCCUGCCCGGCCGCGCUAGGUCCAGCCCUGCUCGAAUUAGAAGGGGUCACUUGCAAAGCGAAAGACCCGGGGCUGGGGGGCGGGGAGGAGCAGAGGAACUGGGUCAAGAGGACUCGGAGCUCGGGAAAGGACGAGAACCGCCUGCACUCCGGCCCACUCCUCUCCACGUCUCGCCGUCCAGGGCCCCGCGGGGGCGGCCGCUCUCAGGCUCUCCGACGUCCCCCGCUGGGGAUCCGAGAAGGGGCCGCCAUCGGCGCCCUGCAUCAGAAGGGGGCGCGCAGCCCGCCGCCGCCGCGCCACGGGCUGGGGGAGGGGGCUGGAAGCCCGCCCCGCCCCGUCCCGGGACCUCCCGCCCCCCAAGUCGAGUAG